CACGCUGCAAGCAAUGGAACAUUGUCGCUAGGCCGUCGUCGUGCCGGCAAACGGCCGCCGCGCGGGAAACGCAGCGAGCCCAACAUACUCAUAGAUUAUUUUACCUCCAAAUUAAUAAACGAAGAAAACUUAGCGGCAGGUGUUUUCCUGCGAGCUCCGCGAGCGGACGCCCCGGCCACCAUGCGCAACCCGGACGCAGCCGCUCGCUCCGAGACCGGGCUUGACCGACAACUGGGCCACCUCCGGCGCGCGGCCCGCGCAGUGUUCCCCUGCGGCUAUGUCGACAAGCUGCUCACCAACGCCGGCAACAAGAUGCGCUGCGGCCUGGCGCAGUGGCUGUUGGAGCAGCGCGCCGUCGUAGCCCCCGCAGGCGCCCCGCCCGUGUCUGGCGAGUACCUGACUGGCGCCCCCGUGCCGCUCACGUCCGUGGAGGCCUACCUGCGGCAGCAGCACGCUGGAUUGUGGCUGAACAGGACUGUGUUCAAAUGGCCCAAGCCGGCUGACUUCCUGCGGCAUGCCGACAGCCACGGCAUCUUCCUGGUGCUGCAGACUGCAGCCGACGCCCCCCAGGGUGGCGGCGGCGGCGGUGGCGCGGGUGCUGCAGCCGGCGGACAGUACCCGGCGGUGAUGCUGGACGGAGGCGCACUGGCGGCGGUGUUCUUGGAGGAUGCAGAAAGGGGCUACGGGGGGUCCCGUCCGCCCGGGGCAAGCGAUGCUGCGGUGCUGGCGGACUCAGCAGCCGCCAACGUGGCCCUGGCGAAAGCCGUGGCCGCGCUUGCGCGCGAUGCCUUCCCUGGCGCCACGGCCAGUGAUCUCACCAACGUCGCGCCGUAUGGCGUGCACGCCGUCACCGACCCCGCCCAGCGGUCGGCUGUGGCACGUGUGUACUCGGCCGCGGAAGCCGCGUGCCACGUGCGGCGGGCGCUGGUAGGCUGGCUGGCGGCGUCCCGGCGCCUUGCGAACGUUGCGCCGCUGAGCGCCCCCAUGUCGACCCUGGGGGAGUCAUUGCGAAAGGAGCACGCGGGCCUGUGGGCCGAGUGCGACCCCUCGGGCGGCGGGCGGCCACCCAAGCUAAAGGACUUCCUGCUACAGCCGGAAAGCCGCGGCGUGUUUCGGGUAUGGGCCGCCGGCGAGGCGGCGAGCUCGUCGUCGGCGGGUCCUGCUGGUGGCCGCCAAAUGGUGGAGCUGCAGGUCGAUGCCCUCUGGUUCGCAGCCCUCCGCUACACGGCGCCUUUGAGCCUGCUGCACCCAGACCUGGCGUCGUGGUCUGCAGCCGCAGGCCCCUCAUCAGCGGCCGGCUCCAGCACAGCUCCGCUGGAGUCAGCCGCUGCCGCUCCUGGUACCUCGGGGCGAGCAGCCCUGGGCCGCCCGCCAAUGGCAGCGGCAGCGGCAGCGGCAGCACCGCUCAACGCGUCUGCCGCCCCGGCACCUGCUGCUGCCUCCGAGGCUCAGCUGGAGGCACUGCGCUCCAAGCCAGUCCAGGAGCUGGCGCGCAUGGCCUUCCCCACGCACGUGCACGGCCAGCCGGUAAAGGAUCAGCCUGCACGGCAGCUGCGGCGUGCCAUCGCGGCAUGGCUUGACGGAGACGCCGACGCGGCCCAGGGGCUGGGGCCGCGGCGCGCGCGGCUGUCGGGCUUGGGCCACUUCCUGAAGCGGCAGCACGCAGACGUGUGGCUGGACCCCAAACGCAAGUGGCCCAAGCUCAAGGACUUCCUGACUCAGCCGCAAAGCCGCGGCGUGUUUCAGCUGCUGCCUUCACCGACGCUGGUGGCGUCUGAUGGCGUGGUGCACCUCGACAUUGAGGCGUUGGUGCGGGCGGCGGCGGCGGCAACGGCGGGGGUAGCGGGGGCAGGAGCGGCGGCAGGGGCAGCGGGGGCGGGAGAAGGCCCGGCGGCAGGGCCGGCGGGAGCAACAGUGACGGUGGGUGGCACAAGCGGCAGUACCAGCAACGGUGGCGCCACACGGCCGGGAAGAAGUCGGGAGGCAGCAGUCGCUGCAGCGGGGGCGCACCCGCUGACGGCUGCAGGCGGUGUCGCCGGUGCGCCGGCGACCGCUGCGGCCUACCCUGAUGCGGCUGCAGCCACGCCCACAGAAGCCGAAGCUGCUGCUGCGAUCCUUUUCGGAGACGGCGUGCCUGACCUGGACGCCGAUCCAGAUGCGGCUCCUCAGCACUAUGACCACGACACCACCAGCAGUGACAACGCGUUCCCGCCGCCCUCGCCAGAGGAGCUGGCUGCGGCGGGGCUGCCCGCCGCGCAGGCGGUGGUGGUGGCUGACCCGUACGGCAAUGAGCUGGUGGCCCUGCUGCAGCACUGCCACUCCUGCGACCGCCUCGGGCUCGCCGUACAGUCGUACUACGGACUGCCCACGAUGGUCAUGCUUUACGCGCCGGCGGCAUUGAUGCCGCUCGCGGCGCAGCCGCCAGAGGCUGGCGGCGACGGCGGUGCAGCCGCCGGUGACGAAGGUAGCUUCAUUGCCUGGCCGGCGGCGGUGUACGUGGUGGAUCUGCUGGCGGCGAAGCUGCAGUACGGUGACGGCGAGGACGGCCAUGCGGCGGCGGAUGCGCUACUGGUCAGCCUGCGGCCGCUGCUGGAGGCGCCGGGCGUCACCAAAGUGGUGCACGACGGCGGCGCGGCUGCUGGGAGGUGGGGCGCGGCCGCGGCGGCGGCAGCCGGCAGCGGUGACGGGUUGGGCGGCACGGUGGCGGUGCUGGAGGCGGCUGUGAGCGCCAGCAGCGCCCACCUGAUGGUGCUGGGGGAGGACGGCGUGAGCCUGGUGCAAGCGGCGGCCGGCGGCCCCUGCCGCAUCGCGCCCCUGCACGACACGCGUCUGGUGCUGCGCGGCCUUGAGGCCAUGCUGGGGCUACCGCACUUGCCGCCUGCCGCACUCGCCGUCCCUGACGCCGACCCGACGUCGUCAGGCGUACUGGGCCAGCUGCACGACCUGCACGUGCACGUGACGCGCCUGCAUGACGCGCUAGCGGGCACGGGGCUGUGGGCUGACCGGCCGGCGCUGCUGGCAGCGCUGGUCGCCCGCCACUCCACAGCCCUGCGACACGAGCUGCUGGAGGCGUGCGCGUACGGCGGCGACGGUGCGGCUGCUGCAGGCAUGGACGGGCUGCUGGAGCGGCCGCUGGGGGCGGGCGUGGUGGAGGCGGUGGCGGGGGAUGCUCGGCACCUGCCCGAGCUGUGGGGCGAGACGGUGGCGACGGCGCUGCCGUGGGUGGCGGAGCGGGGGGCGGCUGCAGUGCACAGUAGCUGAGCGCGAAGCCCUGAGCAAGAGGUGCAUAAGGUUGGUGGCAUAGUCAAAGCCACUGGCAGCACUGUACGCGGGAGGGCGCUGGUUUAGGUGGUUGGGGAAGAAAUUGAGCCCAGAACGCCCUGCACAGCCGGUUUACGGCAGGAUACCGAAAGAACAGGCUAUGCGUCACAAACUUGAAUGGUUUGUGUACUGCUCAUUGUAAUAUAUAGUAUUG